AUGAGUUCGCGCAUUGUCAGCACUGACAUGAAUGCCACGGCUGAUGCAUCUCCGUUGGCGUUCGUCUUCAAGGGCAACGAGUUGAUCGUUCAAUGCACCGCCAAUAAUGAUGAUGAGGCGGCUGCCAUGAAGAUCUUGAGCGUCGCACUGGAUAAUUUCAGAAACUUCAAUGACGGCAAGCAUGCCGUUAUUAUUCGUUCUAAGGCUGAGCCUACCAAAUAUUGGAUCUCCAGCGCUCAGUACGCGGAGAUUCUGGACAGAAAUGCCUACGACAUCGUGAAGUCGACUGAGAUGGAUGCUGGUCCGAUGCUCCAACCUGCCGUCACCCCGGAGGCCGUUAAUCAUCCAAAGGUCACCAAGCUUCGCAUUCGUCGCCCUCGGAACCAAUUCAUUAUCUACCGUCAGUGGAUGUCUGCCCGGAUUCAUGCCAGCAACCCCGGCUUGACUGCUGCCUGCAUCUCUCAAAUCGUCGCGAAGACUUGGCGGGCAGAGAAGCCUGAGAUUAAGGCUCACUUCAAGGCCCUCGCUGAUGAAGAGGAUCGCAUUCACAAGGAGAAAUAUCCAGGCUAUCGCUACGUGGCUGCUCGCCGUAACCCUCAGCUUCCUCUCUCGAAGCGCAACUUGCCCCACGACCCGAUGACUGUCGACGAGAGACUGAUUGCAGCUGGAUUCUGA